UUACUUGACUUCCCAUGCAUGCACACACUAAAGUCCAAGCCAUGGACUCAACUAUCAUUGCCAAACUCCUCUUGUUUGCUCUUCUAAUCUCAAGCACAAAGGCUCUUGACCCUUGUGCCUCUCAAGCAGAUGGCUCAGAUCUCUCAAUCUUCCCCAUCUAUAGCAAAUGUUCACCUUUCAACCCACCAAAACAGGACUCAUUGCUUAAUACAGUCAUUAACAUGGCCUCCAAAGACCCACAAAGGCUCAAGUAUUUGUCAAGCCUAGCUGCCCAAAUGACCACUUCUGUCCCAAUUGCUCCAGGCCAGCAGGUCCUGAACAUUGCCAACUAUGUGGUCCGGGUCAAAUUGGGUACUCCUGGUCAGUUGAUGUUUAUGGUCUUAGACACCAGCAAUGAUGCUGCUUGGGUUCCCUGUUCCGGUUGCACCGGCUGCUCCAGUACCACUUUCAUUACCAAUACCUCUUCCACUUACGGCUCAUUGGAUUGCUCCAUGGCCCAAUGCAUCCAAGCCAGUGGAUUCUCCUGCCCGGCCACGGGCACCUCCUACUGCGUUUUUAACCAAUCUUACGGUGGAGAUUCCUCUUUCUCAGCUUCUCUUGUGCAAGAUUCUUUAGGAUUAGCCAAUGAUGUGAUACCAAAUUUUGCUUUUGGUUGUAUUAACUCCAUCUCUGGUAGGUCAAUUCCCCCUCAAGGGCUGUUGGGUUUGGGUCGUGGACCCUUAUCGUUGCUUUCUCAAUCUGGAUCACUCUAUUCGGGUGUAUUCUCAUACUGUUUACCCAGUUUCAAAUCCUACUACUUCUCAGGCUCGCUCAAACUCGGCCCGGCGGGUCAACCCAAAAGCAUUAGAACCACCCCUUUACUACGAAACCCACACCGGCCAUCACUAUACUAUGUGAACCUCACCGGAGUUAGUGUAGGCCGUGUUUGGGUACCAAUUGCCCCAGAGCUCCUAACCUUUGACCCCAACACUGGAGCAGGGACCAUAAUUGACUCAGGCACUGUGAUAAGUCGAUUUGUUGAACCGAUUUAUACAGCAAUUAGAGAUGAGUUCAGAAAACAAGUAGGAGGGUCAUUUUCAUCUCUGGGUGCAUUUGAUACGUGCUUUGCAGUAACAAAUGAAGCAGUAGCACCAGCAAUAACGCUGCAUUUCACAGGGCUGAAUUUGGUGCUGCCGAUGGAGAACAGCUUGAUUCACAGCAGUGCAGGGUCACUGGCGUGCUUAGCUAUGGCUGCAGCUCCAAAUAAUGUGAACUCGGUGCUCAAUGUUAUAGCCAAUUUGCAGCAGCAGAACCUUAGGAUCAUGUUUGACGUGGCCAAUUCUCGCUUGGGAAUCGCCCGUGAGCUGUGCAACUAGAUUUUUUCUCUCUUGAUUUGUAACUUUAUUUGUGCUUACCAAAUUAUAUGUUUCCAUGUAAUAUAGGUCAAGUGUGGAUUUAAUAAACAGGAAAAUUCCUGUUGUUGUUAUGUUGUCUUGUUAGGAAGAGUUUUUUGAUUUUUUUCUCAAAAAAAUGAAUUUCUUGUAUGUAUAAUCAUAGUGGCUUGGGUUUGGCUAGGAGCAGCACUUUUGCAAUCCACGUUGGUGUUAUCUUCAGUAGACAAAACUUUAAACUUGCA